AUGGGUGUUCUUCCGACAGACAAGUUUGCAACGAAAGCUAUUCAUGCUGGCGCACAUACUGACCUACAUGGGUCGGUCAUCGAGCCCAUCUCGCUUUCGACCACCUUCAAGCAGUCGAGUCCCGGCAACCCAGUGGGCGCCUACGAAUACUCUCGUGGUCAGAACCCCAACCGUCAGAACCUAGAGGAAGCCAUUGCUGCACUCGAGAGCGCAAAGUACGGGUUGGCUUUCUCCUCUGGAUCCGCGACCACAGCCGUGAUAGUGCAGUCUCUGCCACAAGGCUCGCACGCGAUCUCGAUCGGCGAUGUCUAUGGUGGGACCCAUCGCUACUUUACAAAGGUUGCCAAUGCCCAUGGUGUGGAGACCUCCUUCACAAAUAGCCUGCUUGAGGACCUGCCUAAGCUGGUCCGCGACAACACUCGUCUAGUCUGGAUCGAGUCUCCCACCAACCCCACUCUGCAGGUCACUGAUAUCCAGCAGGUUGCGGACACCGUGAAGGCCUUGAAUGAGGACAUUAUUCUGGUUGUGGACAACACAUUCCUCUCCCCAUACCUGUCGAACCCGCUCAACUUCGGUGCUGACAUCGUCAUCCAUUCGGCUACAAAGUACAUCAAUGGCCACUCCGACGUUGUGCUUGGUGCUUUAGCCACGAACUCCACCAGUUUAUAUGAACGGCUUGCAUUCCUACAAAAUGCCAUUGGCGCCAUCCCAUCGCCGUUCGACGCAUGGCUGACACACAGAGGCCUAAAAACCUUGCACCUGCGUGUGCGCCAGGCUGCUCAGUCUGCUCAGAAAAUUGCUGAGUACCUGGAGCAGUCAGAGCACGUUGUGUCUGUUAACUACCCGGGCCUGCCCUCGCACCGCGGCUACCAGAUUGCUCAGAAACAGCACAGAGAUGGUUUGGGCGGCGGUAUGAUCUCAUUCCGUGUUAAGGGCGGCGCGCAGGGCGCUGCUCUACUUUCUCAAUCCACCAGACUAUUUACUCUAGCUGAGUCUCUAGGCGGCAUUGAGUCCUUGUUGGAGGUCCCUGCGGUAAUGACUCAUGCUGGCAUUCCGAAGGAGGCCAGAGAGGCUUCUGGUGUCUACGACGAUCUGGUCAGAGUCUCCGUGGGAAUUGAGGACACUGAUGACCUUCUGGAGGACAUCAAGCAGGCGCUGAGUGUAGUCGCUGAAUCUAUCUAA